CGCAGCGCUUCCGGGCGGCGCGCGGGCGGCACCGGAAGCUGCCGGGCGCUGAGGCGUCCCGAGGUGCGGGGCGGCGGCGCGGCUCGCUGUGGUCCGGCCCGGCUCGGCCGGCAGCCGCCAUGGCCCGCAAGAAGCUGUACCGGCCCAUCGCCGCCAUGGCGAAGAAGAUCCGCGAGUACCGGGCGCUGAAGAACCGCCCGCGGGACUCGCAGCGCUUCGCGCUGGACUACGAGAGCAUGCGGCGGCCGCUGACGCAGAAGCGGCUGCCGGUGCUGGCGUGGGAGGACGCGCGCACCGAGAGCCGCCUCUUCGCGCUGCUCUGUCGCCUGCCGCUCUUCGGCGUGGGCCGCCUGGUCACCCGCAAGUCCUGGCUCUGGGAGCACGACGAGCCCUGCUACUGGGUCAUCACCAAGGUCAAGGUGGACUACACGGCCGAGAAUAUGGAUCACGGAAAAGCUUGGGGGUAUCUGACCUUCAGAGGCAAAACCGAAGAAGAGGUGAGGGAGAUUGACAAGGUCAUGUACCACGACUGGCGAAUGGUGCCCAAGCAUGAGGAGGAGGCCUUCAAGAAAUUCACCCCAGUGCCAGAAGAGACCGUACGGUACCUUCCAUACCCACCUCUGCUCCGAGCCAUGAUCCUCGCUCAGUGGCAGAAAGAGGGAAAACCAAUCACGGAGGAGCCGAUGAUCGAUCUGGAGAAGGUCACGGCUUCUCGUGUCGCAAAGCAAAAAGCGGGGACACCAGUAUAGACUCGUGUGUGACCUGAGCUUCCCAUAUGCUCUUGCUGUGUGUUAGAAGCACAUCAGCGUCUUACAGAAGGCACAUCUGCCCGCUGUGGUAUGGUGCAUCCAGGUUUUCUCACUUCACUUUCUCCACGGGACCGUACAGUGACCUUGUCUGAAAGGGAAGAUGCAGAUACAUGCAGAUUUUUUCCACAACUUCAGUCUGUCACCAGAGGGACCUUCUUGGUUCUCUGUAUAUUCUGUGAACUCAUAGCUCCUGUCACUCUGCUACAGUUCUUUGGAGCACAGUUCCCUUUAGAGCCUGAAAAGGAGUUUUUUAAGGACACUUGUCAGAUAAUUUAGGUCCUAUUUAAAUCACAGAAAGCUAAUGUAAGGAUAUCACCUUAUUUCACAGAGCUGUGUACAAACCUAGCAGAAUAAAUGAGUUCUUACCUCUGUAGCAUACUUCUAAGAAAAUAGCUUUUUUUUUUUUUUCUCCCCUCCUUCUUUCCCCUCAGAGCAUGGAGAGCAUCAUCACGGUUGGUUGAGGCCCAAGUGGUAGAGCCUUUAUCUUAUCGGAUCCCUCCUAACCAGUGCAGAUUCAUCUGGAUUACAUAUGAUAGCAAUGAACAGCAUGGGAGGAACACGACUUUAGAUAGCAAGCUUUAUUCCCAGAGACAGCCGUCAGGAGAGGAGCGAAACUUGAAUUCUAGUGAUGUGAAGUAGUUAGGAUUAGCUCUAUUUGAAGCCAAUAACAAAGUACCACUGGUUUCAGUGGAGUAUGUUGUGAAAGUUUUUUUAAAAAAUGCAAUGCCUUAGUGUGGCUCCUGGGGUUGCUCUUAGGUUAGUCACUGUGACACUCGUCUGUUGUUAUUACACCGUGCCGUUGGGGGAGGUUUCCGCAAGGUGUCCCCUCGGACCCUAGCCAGAAUAAGCAGAUUGCAAACCUGGCAACCAAAGGCAUUUGAUUGUAAAAGAAAGACCUGAGUUCAGUAUACUUGGGCAUAGCGACACAGGAAAUGCAAAAAUCACCAACGAACAGAAUAGGAUUUUUCCUAACUGCCAGAAAGCUGAAGGAAGGAGGAAAGAGCAUACUGCCUUAGCAAUACUCACUGACGUGACCCUGUGCUUGAGACAGGCUUUUCACCUCAGCUGCACCGAACUGAGAAUGUAUUUUUAAUACCGCUACAUCCAAUUGCUUUGAUGGAAGCCGUUCUGGAUGGUGUUUGCCUUAUGUUAUUGUACCACGCGAUGGCUUUGUAGGGGAACCCCAAACAGCCUGACUGAGAACGUGAUGUGCUUGUAUUAAAUCACAGAAGCACAAAUCACACAGGGUCACAGAUGGGCGAUCUGGAGGCAAAGGCACAGCUGGGCUUCACAGCUGUGUCAUUGAGGAGCUCAGCUGAUCCAGCUCUGCAGGGAUGUGCUUUUCGCAGAGUGAAAAACCAAAUGUAAAGCAACAGUGCCAAUAAAGCCUCUUUCUCCUCU